UAUAAAUGCAGGGGACCGGUCACUACUUAUUAAACGUGAUGCGUUGCAUGCAAAGAAGCCUGUGGGGGACACAAAAGCCGUUUAUUGGAAAGCAGUCAUCUUUGUGUAGUACCGAUAAUGUUCCUAUAGGGGACAGGAGAACACCCGGUAAGCCCGAUGUGCAUAACAGUGACUUGAUGCUUUCAUUUGCUGGAAGGAAUCUCAUUGCAACCCACACCUUGUAUCUUGCUCUGAUGGCUUCGGCCUUCAUCCCACGGUUCUCCAGCUCCCUACUGCUGUCUCUUCUGAUUUGUGUGUCACCUACAAGUUCCUAUUAUGUGCUGGAGAUUUCCACGGAUGGUCCUGUAACAUCAGGAGCCCAAGCCUAUGUAAAUGCCACCUUAUUUAUAACCAAUGGAAGUGCAACUGUAGCCACUGACCCCAAAUUCUAUCAUUUUCACUGGAUGUACUCCCCUCUGCUUCUUACCCACCAGUCAGAGAAUGAAUCCAGUUCAUCCAUCACUGUGCUGGGAAAUGCCCCUGGAAACUAUUCCAUAUCAGUCUGGGUAACAGAGAGGCAUUGCCAGUCAUGUCAGCCUGUUGCUAGGAACAGCACAUAUCUCAACAUUACAAAUUCUAUAGUUGGGAAUCUCGCCGCCAGCCAAGCAGAAGGCACCAAUUCCUCCAUCAGAGAUGGCUUUAUUGAGGCCACGGACUCCGAUGUCUAUCUGUCCUUCAAGAUUCAUGACCCAAGUGACUUUUUUAAGUCAGCUGAGUUCAGAUACAUUUGGACACUCGGGGAUGGAACUGAACUGGUGAUGGCUGAUCCAUACGCUCACCAUUACUAUUCUAGUCCUGGGAAGUACAAGGUGUCUCUCUACAUAACCGCUGAGGUCCCAAGACGUGGUAGACAAGCAGAAAGGAAAACAGGCAGUUUUGCAGUGGAGCUGACCUUACUGGAUGCCCUUAGAAAUAUCACUGUCGUUGGUUCUACAGACGCCACUGUUAGGCUCAAGUACAACGUGUCGCUUCAUUUCUUUGGCAGUCCCCCGCUAAUGGUUUGCUGGCUAAUUAAAUCAGAUUGCGUGUCCUUGGAUGGACACGAGUGCCCCCUAGUGGAAAUUAAUGAAACCACUUACAGCAUCGGGCAUGUAUUUUACUCUGCUGGACAUUACUGCCUGAGUGUCAGAGUGGAAAAUCAAGUCAGCACCCUACAGAAUUACCAUAGUAUCACAGUAUAUUCCACAAGUAUUUACCCACUAUGGUUUGUUUUGCCCUGCUGUGCGCUUAUCACAACAACCAUUGGUUUCAUCAUCUCCAUCCUACUCAAAUCUGGCGGCAACAGUUCACAACAUAAAAUGCCAAUUGAGGUUGCAGAUUUUGACUUUACUCCAAGUGAUGACAAGCGCUCUUCACUUUCAACAUGUCAGGAACCUGUCCCAGGAUUCUGUGCCCAUUGUACAGCUGACCCGAGAACUGAGGAAGAGGCACAACCACUAUUAGAGGGAUGUGCUCCACCGGCCAGGCAUUAUAUGCUGUGAAGAUUGAAUGGAUUCUCCCUAACUCAUUCAUGAGUCUGAUGUUAUUGAACACACUGGACUUAAUUAUGCAGACUCAUAGGUCAGUUCUGAAUUAGAACAACAUUGUGAGGUCAGAUGAAAUGAAAAAGUGCCUCUUGUGUUGGUAUAUAUAACAUGUUUAUUCCAUGGUUCCAUUUGGCCAAAGAAAUUACUUUAUUUCCUAUAA